CACUACUACCGCUCUACCACAGUAGAGGGCCACCUCAACACUACUACCGCUCUACCACAGUAGAGGGCCACCUCAACACUACUACCGCUCUACCACAGUAGAGGGCCACCUCAACACUACUACUCUGCUGUGCCACAGUAGAGGGCCACCUCAACACUACUACCGCUCUACCACAGUAGAGGGCCACCUCAACACUACUACUCUGCUGUGCCAGAGCAACUAAGGAGGACUGAUGCUUCGCUUUAACAAAACAGCGGUUCUGGCCCUCCUCAUCGCUACCAGCUCUGUUUUCCUCCUAUUCCAGCUCUAUCACUACAGACAGCAUGUCUCUCAGAAUGGACCACAUAUGUUUGGAAGGACAGUUCAUCUGUCAGGAAAGGAUACUCAGUGGCAGGUGGUGAAGAAGUUCAUGGGUCUGGUCCAUAAGUACAACAUGCCAGUGUUCCUGGUGGACACAGCCUCCCUAGGCCUCCUGUCUCAGGACUCUAUGCUGCUGAGAGACAGCCAGGUUAAAGAACCCCACUGUACUUUCCUCUGCACUAACAGAGACGUCCUCACCUUCGCUCUGCUCAACAACCUUUGGAAAUACGACGCUGGUUUGGUGGCAGCAGCUGAAGAGAAGGGCUUUGAACUGUUGGAGGUGCGAGGGAAAGACCCUCGAUUGGUCAGCAUGGACGACCUAUCAGGAAACGAGAUCCCCCUCCACUUCCUGUUCCGUCUCCAAGGUUACGUGGUCCAUGUGGUGGUCCUGUACGAGCGCAGCGGGAACUACCUGUGGCAUGGCGUCCUGCGACUCAAACCAAACAUGGACAGGAAGUUCGCCCCCUUCAGAAGGCUGGACUAUGGCCGCAACGCUGGAGCCUAUGACAGGCCAGAGCUGGUUCUGACCACGUUGGACGGGCAGGAUGUCCGGAUCCCUAGGAACAUCUCUGGAUUCCUGACUGAAUAUUCCCAGGCUCGUUUUCUGGAGUGUAGAUACAGGGAUGCACGCUCCUUCUUCCAGCUGUACCCUGAUGACACGUCUCCUGAGGCAAUGAACUUCAGGAUGAAGGCUAAGGCUCUGCUCCACCUAGCUGCCAGGAUCCUCACUGAGCUCCGAGUCCCCUUCUGGCUGAGUAGUGGUACCUGCCUGGGUUGGUUUCGGCAGUGUGGCAUCAUUCCCUACAGUAAAGAUGUGGACCUGGGCAUCUGGAUUAAAGACUACAGACAUGAUAUCUCUCAAGCUUUUCAAAAGGCUGGCCUUCCGUUGAAACACAAGUUUGGAAAGGUGGAGGAUAGCCUGGAACUGUCCUUCCAGGGCCUGGAUGUUAAACUGGACAUUUUCUUCUUCUAUGAGGAAACUGACGUUGUGUGGAACGGAGGAACUCAAGCUAAGAGUGGGAAGAAAUUCAAGUAUGUGUUCCCCAAGUUUACUCUCUGCUGGACUGAGCUGAUGGACCUGAAGGUGCGUGUCCCCUGUGAGACGGUAGACUAUGUAUCAGCUAACUAUGGUCCUACCUGGAACACACCUGUAAAGACCUGGGACUGGAAGAGCUCUCCGCCCAACGUGCAGGACAACGGGGUGUGGCCUGUCAGGGAGUGGGAUGAGGUCAUCCAGGUGUACUGACAUACUGCUACACUACAUAUGAGUAGACUACAUUGGAGUACACUUAAACCACACAGAAGAAAAUGGACUGAAACAGGGAGGGACUGUCGAUCUGGACUGUCGAUCUGGACCGUCGAUCUGGACCGUCGAUCCUGUUUUUGUACAUUUUGCUACGGCGUGCACUAUGCGACCCUGAGUACACUCUUCCGAAGUACACUACACCUGAAAACCCCACACCAAAGUAGAAACUCUAAAGACUACUACUAAGGGUGUGAGUCUGAGCUGCUGGCUUACCAUUGGCUGCUGGCUUACCAUUGGCUGCUGGCUUACCAUUGGCUGCUGGCUUACCAUUGGCUGCUGGCUUACCAUUGGCUGCUGGCUUACCAUUGGCUGCUGGCUUACCAUUGGCUGCUGGCUUACCAUUGGCUGCUGGCUUACCAUUGGCUGCUGGCUUACCAUUGGCUGCUGGCUUACCAUUGGCUGCUGGCUUACCAUUGGCUGCUGGCUUACCAUUGGCUGCUGGCUUACCAUUGGCUGCUGGCUUACCAUUGGCUGGUUGGUUGUGAACUGCAGACUACUACUGGACUCUCUUCCUCCUUUGGACUGAAGCAACUGUCUAUUGAUAUGUAAUGUGUUUCCUUGUUUGAAAUACUGUAUUACGUUGACAAAAAGAUGUCAUAGACAUUUUAAUAGCUACUGACAUGUUGGGUAGGCCCAGGGGAAGGCCAUAUUACGGCCAUGCUUACCUGAUAUCGGGUUAUUAUGGCCUUGAUUACUUGAUAUCGGGUUAUUACGGCCUUGGUUACUUGAUAUCGGGUUAUUACGGCCUUGGUUACUUGAUAUCGGGUUAUUACGGCCUUGGUUACUUGAUAUCGGGUUAUUACGGCCUUGGUUACUUGAUAUCGGGUUAUUACGGCCUUGGUUACUUGAUAUCGGGUUAUUACGGCCUUGGUUACUUGAUAUCGGGUUAUUACGGCCUUGGUUACUUGAUAUCGGGUUAUUAUGGCCUUGGUUACUUGAUAUGGGGUUAUUAUGGCCUUGGUUACUUGGUGGCAGGGUAGCCUAGUGGUUAGAGCGUUGGUCUAGUAACAGGAAGAUUGCAAGUUCAAACCCCCGAGCUGACAAGGUACAAAUCUGUCAUUCUGCCCCUGAACAGGCAGUUAAACCCACUGUUCCUAGACCGUCAUUGAAAAUAAGAAUUUGUUCUUAACUGACUUGCCUAGUUAAAUAAAGGUUAAAUAAAUAUUGGGUUAUUAUGGCCUUGGUUACUUGAAGUGCUAGGUGGUGGUGAUGACCACGGACUGAACUUGAUUAUUGGGUGUGUCCCAAAUUGUACCAUAUUUCCUACGUAGUGCACUAUAUUGGGAGUGGACAUUAUGUUCAUAUUUUAUAUAUUUUAUGCCUCUUGUGUUUCAGGAAUCAUUGAUUUGCCGAUAAAUCGUAUCUUACUUUCGUA